AUGCCACCUUCUAUAAAUAGCGCGCAAACACUUUCUACUACAUAUCAUCUCAAGAGAGAAAAAGAAUCAAGCACACAUAGCGCAUCCACACAUUCGAGAAAGAAACAGCAAGGUCUCAUCAAACAAUUGAAGCUUCAUACAGAACAGGUGGCAAUGGCGGCAGUGUCCAAGAAGGCUCUGGUGACUACGGCUGUUCUGGCGUUGGCCGUUCUGGCCCCGACUGUCGCCGGGCUGGUGCCGUACGGCGUCAGCAGCGGGCUGUGGGACCUGCUCGACGACCCGUUCCGGGUGCUGGAGCAGACCCCGCUCGCGGUGCAGAGGCCGGCGUCCGCAGGCGGCCCGGGAGGGUCCAUCACGUCGGCGGUGGCGCUGGCGAGGUGCGACUGGAAGGAGACGCCCGACGCGCACGUCAUCUCGCUCGACGUGCCCGGGGUGAGGCGGGAUGACGUGAAGCUGGAGGUGGAGGAGAACCGGGUGCUGCGGGUCUCCGGCGAGCGCAAGGCGGACGAGGAGAAGGAGGGCGAGAGGUGGCACCGCGCCGAGCGCGCCGCGGGGAGGUUCUGGCGCCGGUUCCGCAUGCCAGCCGGCGCCGACGUCGACCGCGUUGCCGCGCGCCUCGAGGACGGCGUGCUCACCGUCACAGUGCCCAAGAUUGCCGAGCAUCAAAGGCGAGAGCCGCGCGUCAUCAACAUCGCCCGGGAGGAUGCCAACAGCGGCGGCAAGGGCGCGGACGCGGAGGUCAGGCCGUCGAAGGCCGAGAUGUGA